AUGACAGAAUUGUUGAACAAUGCCUUCUGCUCCACAACUGAUAAAGUCCAGUGGAUAGCCAAGUAUUGCUGCAGCCAUGAGGCCUUUGCUUCUCUCCCUUCACUAAGACCCGAUCAGGUCCUUGCUCGUGGGUUCAACGAAGUAAUCAGCGCAUUGGAGGCCAAAGUUAAAGCAGUCGAAGACAAAAUCAAAAUAGCUGAGGACAAAAUCAAAGCACCUGAAGACAAAGUUAAAGGAGUUGAGGACAAAGCUACUGUUUUGAGUGAGGAGUUUAAGAAGAGCAACGAAGAUCUAGCUAAGGUUGUUGUUGCUAAGGAAAAAUUCAAGAAAGCCUCUGAGACCAACUAUAAGGAGGCAUUCAAGUUUCAAGAAGAUCUGUCAAGCAUGAAGAAGGCCAACAGACUAGAGGAUCGGGUUAAACUGCUCGAAGAGCAGAAUGCCAAAAGGCAGAAGCAGAAAGAUUCCAAAAAAGAAAAAACUGAUAACAGUCUUGCGUUUGUGCAUAAGGAGGAAAAGAAGUCAAUCUCAGAUGCGUCUGAUGGCUUCACUGAUGAGACUCUUGCUUUACUGACCAAGAAUUAUGCAAAAUUCUUGAAAAGGAAUUACAAGAAAAACUUUCCUGGAGAAAAAGAGAAUGUUCCCAGGAGAAAAUUUGGUGGAAACAAUAAGCAAACCCAGCAGUCUGGUGACAAGAAAAACAUGGGAAUACAGUGCCGAGAGUGUGAUGGUUUCAGACACAUUCAAGUUGAGUGUGCCAACACUCUUAAGAAAAAGAAAGCCUUAGCAGCAACCUGGAGUGAUAGUGAUGAAGAAAAGAGCUCCAGCUCAAGUGACGGGUCUGAUGAAGAGAAACAAGUUGUGGCAUUGAUGGCAAAGAGUCAUCAAUCAAUGUGCUCAGAGGAUGAUGGAAACUCGAGCUCAUCUGAUGUGGACAAUGAAGGGAGACAGCAUGCAUAUGAGGAGAUGUUCGCUCAAUGGGAGUAUAUGGCUAAACUGAUCAAAGGUCUCACUUGUGCCAAACAACAACUUCAAUCUGAGAAGGCUGGGUUGGAGGACACUGUUAAAAAGCUCACAAAAUAG